UAGGAAGAGAGGAAGGAGGAAGCAGCGGGGGGGGGGGGGGGAGAAAGUAGGAGGGAUAGAGAAGGGAGGAAGCGGGGCUGUUGUUAUUUUGGAUUCCAAGAAUCGGGAGGAGGUAGAGAGAGGGAGGGAGAGAGGGAGGGGAAAAAGAGGCAUCACUACCAUCACCACCACCCCCAAAAUUCCCAAAGCAAAGAAGGACAACCCCAGAAAGGACUCACUUUGCUUGAUGACUCAACGCAACUAAUAAUCAUUUGUCUCCUCUGGCGAAUCCCUCGUGUUGCUGCGGCUGCUUAUGUUGGCUGGAAAAGGGAGAGAUUGAAAGUGACACAUCGGGCGCAGCUCGGGGCUUACCGGAGAUCAGACCACCGGCUUCUGCUGCCACUGCCGCCGCUAGUCCGACAGAGUGUCCCCUUUCGGAAACAGCCUCUCCACCCCUUUGCUUCCCCCUCCCCCUCUUAUUUCUUUCCCCCCUUUUUGCCGAAGGGCUGAGAAACCGCCCUCCGCCUCCUUCCCUCCCGAUCCCAGAAGUCUCACCUCUCUUUUCCAGUUGCCACCUCGGGUGCCCUUUUAGGAAGAGCUCUUUCCUCAAAGCAUCAAGCCAUUUCAGGCGCAAGAGGACUAGGCACCCUAACUCGGGAACGAAAAAAAAACGGGGAAAAAAACCCCCUCCCCAAACUUAAGGCGUCAGUGGGGUGGGAUACUGGGGAGAAGCGAAAAAGGCAAAGAAGAAAAUAACGUAGCAAGAGGAGCCAAGAAAACUUUCCAUCCUGGAUUCGCUACUUUUGAUCCAUGGACAGAGCCCAAGUCAGCCAAGUUACGGACAGAGUAUAAGCAGUCCUUGCUCAUUUUAUUGUGACCUGCCUGUGGGAACGUUGUCUCCAACUCAAAGUAAUAUGGAUCGGAGAAGUGAGAGUCCCUGCCUAAGGGAUAGCCCAGAGAGAGGGAGCUGCAGCCCUGAUGUCAAAGGUCCUCCCCCGGUGAAGGUGGCCAGGCUUGAACAGAAUGGCAGCCCUAUGGGAGCCAGAGGGAGGCUCAAUGGUUCUGUCACCAAAUCAGUGGGAGGUUUGAUGAUCCCCGUCUUUUGUGUUGUGGAACAACUGGACACUUCCCUUGAAUAUGACAAUCGAGAAGAACAUGCAGAAUUUGUUCUGGUUCGUAAAGAUGUGCUUUUUAGUCAGCUAGUGGAGACUGCGCUCCUGGCUCUCGGUUAUUCUCACAGCUCUGCAGCUCAGGCACAAGGAAUAAUCAAACUUGGGAAAUGGAAUCCUCUUCCAUUAAGUUAUAUGACAGAUGCACCUGAUGCAACAGUAGCUGACAUGUUACAAGAUGUCUACCAUGUUGUGACACUGAAAAUUCAAUUACAAAGUUGUUCAAAGCUAGAAGAUUUGCCAGCAGAACAGUGGAACCAUGCCACAGUCCGCAAUGCCUUAAAGGAAUUGCUCAAAGAGAUGAAUCAAAGCACGUUAGCCAAAGAAUGCCCUCUCUCCCAGAGUAUGAUAUCAUCCAUUGUAAAUAGCACGUAUUAUGCAAAUGUGUCAGCUACUAAGUGCCAGGAAUUUGGAAGAUGGUAUAAAAAGUACAAGAAAAUUAAAGUGGAACGAGUUGAAAGAGACAACCUGUCAGAAUAUUGUGUUCUUGGUCAACGUCCCAUGCACUUACCGAAUAUCAACCAGCUGGCAACUUUGGGCAAAACAAAUGAACAAUCUCCUCAUGGUCAAAUUCAUCACAGUACUCCAAUCAGAAACCAAGUGCCAACGUUACAACCAAUCAUGAGCCCUGGUCUUCUUACACCUCAACUCAGCCCACAGCUUGUAAGGCAGCAAAUAGCAAUGGCCCAUUUGAUAAACCAACAGAUUGCAGUAAGUCGGCUCUUGGCUCAUCAGCAUCCACAGGCAAUUAACCAACAGUUUCUAAAUCAUCCACCUAUCCCUAGAACAAUCAAACCAGAACCAACAAAUUCAUCAGUGGAAGUAUCUCCAGAUAUCUACCAGCAAGUCAGGGAUGAGCUGAAAAGGGCCAGUGUCUCCCAGGCGGUCUUUGCAAGAGUGGCUUUCAAUCGCACACAGGGAUUGCUAUCAGAGAUACUGCGUAAAGAAGAAGACCCUAGAACAGCUUCCCAAUCCCUCCUGGUAAAUCUGAGGGCAAUGCAGAAUUUCCUCAACCUACCUGAGACAGAGCGAGAUCGUAUAUAUCAGGAUGAGAGAGAGAGGAGUAUGAACCCCAAUGUGAGCAUGGUGUCUUCAGCUGCCAGCAGUCCAAGUUCCUCCAGAACCCCCCAGGCCAAAACCUCAACACCGACAACAGACCUCCCCAUUAAGGUGGACGGAGCCAACAUCAACAUCACAGCUGCCAUUUAUGACGAGAUCCAACAGGAGAUGAAAAGGGCCAAGGUGUCUCAGGCUCUGUUUGCCAAAGUAGCUGCCAACAAAAGUCAGGGUUGGUUGUGUGAGCUGUUGCGUUGGAAAGAAAACCCAAGCCCUGAAAAUCGAACACUUUGGGAAAAUCUGUGCACCAUUCGGCGAUUCCUGAAUCUUCCCCAACAUGAGAGGGAUCUCAUCUAUGAAGAAGAAUCUCGGCAUCAUCACAGCGAACGUAUGCAGCAUGUUGUCCAACUUACUCCUGAGCCUGUACAGGUGCUUCAUAGACAGCAAUCUCAGCCAGCAAAGGAAAACUCCCCACCAAGGGAAGAGGCUCCACCCCCACCUGCAGAAGAUGCAUCUACAAAAAAGCCAAGAUCCCGUACUAAGAUUUCAUUAGAGGCUUUGGGCAUCCUUCAGAGUUUCAUCCAUGACGUUGGCCUUUAUCCAGACCAGGAGGCCAUCCACACUUUAUCUGCCCAGUUGGAUCUGCCCAAGCACACCAUCAUUAAAUUCUUCCAGAACCAGCGUUACCAUGUAAAGCAUCACGGGAAACUAAAAGAGCAUUUAGGUACAGUGGUAGAUGUGGCAGAGUAUAAAGAUGAAGAGCUGCUGACUGAGUCAGAGGAGAAUGACAGUGAGGAGAGUUCUGAGGAAAUGUACAAAGUGGAAACUGAAGAAGAGAAUUCAGAAAAAAACAAACCAACUACUUCAGAGACUGAGCAGAGAUAAUGUGAAAAUAUCACAGGCAAAGCAAUACAUGGUUCCAAUAUUUUUUUUUGCUUCUUUCAG